UGAACCAGACCAGUGUUCACCUCCUCUUCACCGGAGAGGAGUCGUUACCUCGCCUCAGUCCGCCUCGGAAGCGGGAGACAGAGAGAGAGAGAGAAGUCAGAGUCGCGUGCCUUUCACCAGGAAAGUGAAGCAUUUUCCCAGCAGCACGGAUCGGCUAUUACAAACUGCUGGAAGUAUCACCAAAGUUUAUUUUUCACCUGGAGUACAACCUGUAACCAGCUCGGAUACUUGCAGGAUCUGUUAGCUUGUGCUGUAACCAUGGGGGACGUGGUUUCCUCUCACCUGGAUGAGGGCAGGCGGGAGAUGAUUACAGCUCGCACCAGAGAUGUGAUGAAGGAGUUCAGUGACGUAUAUGAGCAGCAGUACGCAGUCGCUCUCUUCAACAGCGUCCGCUUUGAGAUAGAAGGAGGAGGAGGGACGCAGUCGCAGCUGCUUCACAGAAAGGACCCUCUGGCGGGCCGGUCCAUUUUCUCAGGGAAUCUGUUUCAGUACCUGGAGGAGAACCGGAAGUGGAGGAAUCGUUUUGUAUCCGUACCAAACAGCUACACCAUCAGCCUCUAUGAGAGCAAAGCAGCACAUGACCGGGGACUGCACCCAAAGGUAACCAUCAACUGUGCUGGGUACAAGGCUCUGACCUCAAUGGAGGAGUACAUGGAGCUGAUGAAUACCAGUCUGCCAGGUAUCAAGGCCAAAGUGGGCAGUAACCCAUUCAUCAAGUGUGCGACCCAGUUCCCCCUCAUCCUGUGGCAUCCAUACGCCCGUCACCACUACUUCUGUGUGAUGACAGAGAAGGAGCAGAAGAAGUGGCACGCUGUGCUGCAGGACUGUGUCAGACACAGUAACAAUGGUCUGUCAGAGGACUGCACCGUUCAGACUCCGGCCUUCACCGACACGGUGAGACGUCACAGACAAGCAAAGGGACACUACGGGACCUGGGAUAUGAUGUGCGGGACCCCCCCACAGAUUCUCGCUAAUCUGGUGAUGGAGACCCUCUACCCCGAGCUAAGAAACAUGAUUGGUCCUCGUCUGAAGGGGAAAAUGCAGCAGAGGCAGAGGAACUGGAUGUUGAUCUCUGAUGCUGUGUACAAGCAGGUGUUGUCUCAAACCACCGCUCAGUAUGAAGCACUAGUAGAAGCCUGUGAGGCCCACAGAGCUCCGCUGGACGCCAGACUGCGAACCGACAUGGACCAGAUCAUCACGUCUAAAGAACAUGUCAGCAGCAAGAUACGAGCUCUGGUGUUGCCCAAGGCAGAGCAGCUUCUACGAACCAACAUCCAGCCCUACAUUAGCUCCAUCCUUGAGGCCCUGAUGGAGCCCACCAGCAGAGGUUUCUCUGAGGUUAGGGACGUUUUCUUCAAAGAGCUGGUGGAGAUCAGCAAGAACUCGCUCAAUGGAGGGGGCAAGGAGAAACUGGGAGAGCACAUGGAGAGACUGUCCAUGCUCGCCUUCCACCCCGUGAAGAUGCAGAGCUGCUACGAGAAGGUGGAGCAGCUCAAUCUGGAGGGGCUGCAGCAGAGGUUCGACGUCUCCAGUCCCUCGGUGUUCGUCAGCAGAGCUCAGAUCCUCAUGAGGGAGCAAAUGGACAAUGCUGUGUACACAUUUGAGCAGCUGCUUAACCAGUCUUUGGAGGCCCAGGGAGAAAAUGACAUGUGCAAGACCAUCCAGCGAUGCCAGGACAGGGUUCUCAAGAAAUAUGAUUAUGACAGCAGCACAGUACGCAAGAAGUUCUUCAGAGAGGCUCUGCUGCAGAUCAUCAUCCCAUACAUGCUCCAGCAGCUCUCGCCGUCCUGCUCACCUGAGCUGCCUCCCUUCAAAGAGCUAAUCUUUGAGGACUUCUCCCGUUUCCUGCUGGUGGAAAAUAUGUACGAGGAGGUGGUGCUGCAGUCUGUCACAAAGGACAUAAUGAUGGCUGUGAAGGAGGCAGCCGUCCAGAGGAGACACAAUCUGUACAGGGACAGCAUCAUUCUGACAAACAGUGAUCCCAACCUGCACCUGCUCGGAGAAACCCCACCAGUGGACUGGGCUGCUAAAUUUGGGGGCGAUGAGCCAGAGGGUCCUGCCGGCGACAGUACUGAUGGAGGGAGUUUUGGGAGAAGACGCAAGCAAGUGGUGUCCAUGAUCCAGCUGGACGGGGUGCCUCUGCCCUAUGAGUCCUGUCUGGAAGUUCCAGGUGUGGAGCUUAUCCCUGAGGAGGAUGUUGAGGUGCAUGAGGGAAAAAAGGAGGACCAAGAGGAGGAGGAGGAGGAGGAGGAGGAGAAGGAGGAGGAGGAGGAGAACCUAGGCCCCAAGUCUCCUGAUAGCGUGAACGAAAUCAGGGACCUGAUUAAUCCAAAAAUGGAGGUGGUGCUGCCAGUGUCAGAGGAAGAGCAGAGCGAUAUUACCAAUGGGACUGAGGUGACCACUGGCACCAUCACCAUGGAGGAUGGGGUGCAGGAGGAGGUGACACAUGUCACCACUGUAGUGGAGGAUGUCCCCAGGAAAUCUCCACGAGACAAGACGUCCCCGCAGACAAUCCUCCAGCAGCUGAUGGGAGGCAAGAAGCAGGAAGCUGAUAAGGAGCAUCAGAAGGAAGCAGCCAUCCAGGAAACAGAGACAGCCGCACAGGAAGAUAACACUGGACCAAUUGCUGAGGUCUCUGCUACAGAAUCAGAUUCUGAGUCGUCACCACCGCCACCGGUGACUACAGACUCCAGCUCACGUGACGACAGUGGCUUCCAGUCACCGACCAGCGAGGAGCUGGAUGAAGGUGUGUCUCAGCCAAUCACAAACGGUCUGAAUGGAGAGGACAAAAUCGUUGACCCGGUAGAAGUGGAAGUGACUUUCACGUAGGAAGACAAUGUUCUGCACACAGCUAUGUACCUGGAGAGGAAACCAUCUGAGUGUGCAUAACAUCUACUGGGAGAUAAAUGGAGUGAAUCUGGAUUGUAUUUAAAGGUUAAAGGUCGCCUUGUCUUUAUUGUUGUUAAUAUUGCACACUCUGAAACCAACUCUCCCAUCCUCCCCUACACUUCUCUAAAACAUUUCUUUGGUGAUUGGUUCAUUUCUAUGCAGCUUAGUGAAUCUCAAGUUUUCUUCAUAUUCUUUAUAUGACACUAAUUUAUGUAUGUCAGGUUCCUUUAUGUGGCCUGUAUAUCAACAGGGUCCACCACAAUAACAAAAUUUUAGUGAUAAUACACUUAUUUAAACUUGGAGAAACACAAAAGUACAACUACAUCUAAGUUACGAAUGUUUACAUCAGUAAUGUGUGAAAGCACAGCACAGCCAAUGUUAUCAUCAAUAUAUCUCACAUUUAUGUCAAGUAAGUUACAGAUUGUGCCUUUAACUACAGUGCAGGUGAAUGAUCGCAGCCUCUACCUGGGCAGCAGGGGGUGCUAUAAUCAAUCUUUAGUUGUUUCUGGAUUUUGUAUGUUUAUUUUAACAACAUCUUCUUUUUUUUCAAAUAUCGCUAUCUAUUUUUGUAAAAUGUAUUUUUUUUAAUAUGUAAUUUGUUUACUUUGUAAGCAUUUCUUAUAUUUUACAAAUGGCCUUUAUGUUUCAAGAUGUUUCAGUAUAAACUUAAUUUUUUUGACUUCUGUGUGUGAAAAUAACCAAAACACACUGUUUCCUGUGAGUUUGUGAGUUAAAGCCUUCUUAAUGAUCCUGAGGGAGAUUCCUAACAUUGGCUUCUAGUGAUGUUUUAUCAUUCAAGUGCUUUGAGUCCUUUUCUAUUUGAAACCAGUCUUUUGUUAUUUAAUUCAGCUAUUCUGGGUCAAAGGGACAGUUCACCCAAAGUCAGACAUAUUCACUUCUAUAUUGGUAUCAAGCUGUACAGAUUUUUGUUUUGGGUUUAUAUGACAGGGAUAAACUGGCUUUUAGAAGAGUUUUAUGUCCGUAACCAGUGUAAAAUAAAUAAAUAAAAGAAGAGACUUUAUAACUGAUAUUUAUCCUAGUGGAAGAUAAUCGUUCAUCUUGUGUCACUGUAAAUCAUGAAAGGGGGCACUGAUGAUUAAAGUGUUCCAUAAAACCAAGAGGUUUGAUAAACUGUAAAUAUUAGGCUUUAAUUCCUGAAAUAAAUCAGCCUGUAACUGUUUGUGCUUUAUUUAAAGGCUUUUCUAGGAUGUUUCCUAGACUGAACUAUUUUAAUAUUAAAUUGUAUUUAGCACAGAGCGUAGAGGUGAAUUGUAAGUUUAGCUGCUGACAAAUUUUUGCAUCAUGUUCAGCUGACCUGCCAAGUACAAGAAUCAAAGUUACACUAACAAUUAAUUUAAACGAAUUAACUGGAAGUAUACCAGCUUUAUAUACAGUAUAUAGUCUGAAGUCCCAAGUGUGUACAACAGAUGACAACCUCCAUCCUUAGAUUCAGGAAAAAGGAAAGAAAAAACAGAGAAAAAAAGGACAAACUCUUGAAAGGACAACAGAUGGGAGAGACUGCUCUCAGGGUUGGACAGACAUGUAAUAUUGAAGGUGCUAUAAUACACAGAGGUACCAUUCAUAGAAUUAAAAGUAUGGUGACACAAUGAAAUCGAAUAAAGAUAGAAUAAAGUGCAUACAUAUUAAUUUAGCAUAUUAACCUAGGUUUUUCAUAUAAUUAGUGCCAAAUGAUGUACUGUCGUCCUUUCCGGGAAACGUCCCAUGAAUUUGUAUUUACAUAUCAGUUUCUUUUAUAAAAUUACAGGAAAUGUUAGAACCUGUAAAAUAAAGUGCUACCACAUUUUUUGCUGUCAGCAUCACACGCUCUAAUGGGUGAAUUAUUUUCACUUAUCUACCAUCUGUAGUUAACAGACCAAGCUGCAAAUUAGUGUUAAAUGUUGAGAAGAGAGCUGCAAUUCUUUCCUCUUUCCAAUGUUAUGAGUCAGUGUCCUGUUGUGAAAUCACCUAUUGCCACUGCCUUCACACUAUUCAUACCGAAGACCCAUUACUUCCAACAGUGGACCGUUGACUGUCACUUUCUCCUGUUUAUUUAUUAUAAAACCUGACUAUGUGGUGUGUAAACACGCAGGUGUCAACAGCUCACUUUUGUCUUCUUUAAAUACAUAUAUAUGAAAAAUAUGGAUGAAUAAAAUUAUUUCAUCAACUUUA